AAAAAAUCAAAAAUGAAGAAAAUCAAAUAAAAAAAAUCAAAAUUACAAAAAAAAAAAUAUUGAAAAUAAAACGUCAUUUUGAUUUUCUAGAUUUGAAAUUUAAUAUAAUUUUCGGCGUCAGACCACCCAUAAUAAGAUUCUCGCAUCAUGGAUGACGACGAACUUUUUAAGAAUAUCUGCGAGAAAGUGCGCUGCACGCUACUGUCCGCCGAUAUGGAGAAGUUGAACUAUGUGCGUGAAAUGCAGGCGCGCCUACAACAUCAAAGCAUUUUCACCAAUGUGCUCGGCACCGAUAAGUACGUCGACGAAAUGGAUGUGGAUUGGAUUGAGCGCGUGCGCAGUUACAGCACGGAGAAGUCCAUAUCCGACAGCUUGGAUGGUUCCGAAUCGGCGGAAUUGGAACACAUAAUGGAAGAGGAGGAGCUAACAGCAGCUAAGUCGGAAGCUACCGAGGAGCAGGCGGGUGAUGUGUGGCAAGGCUACUUUAAAGGUUUUCAAAUAUUAAGUGAAGCGCAGGAGGGUGCCAUUGGGGACAAGAAAAAAUGCAUCGAACUGACGUGUAGCGAUUGUGAUGAUACAAUAAUUAACUAUUUGCAUGCCGGCAUUAGCUGCUUUGCUGUGGACCUCUUUUACGGUACUGUCGUCGAAAAUCAGGCUUUAAUACUGCGUGUACGCGAAAGUGAACUUAAGCUCUCCAAGGAGAUCGGCUUUCCGAUAUCAUCCACUAUAUUCGCCAAACUCAGUCCACGCCUGCAAUACACCGGCCUAAUGGAUCCACCAGACGCCGAAGUCGUGCUAAACAAAGGCGACGAGCUCACAUUGACCAGCAUGCGUGAGUAUUCGACGCAUUGCAGCAAGAGCUGCGUUUACGUGAACGCCGCCUUUCUAUUCAACGACGUGAAUGUUUUCGAUUACAUUUGCAUCGGCAGCGACAUACAAGUGGCUGUGCGCAGGAAGGACGCGCACUUGCGUUGCACCGUGGAGGUGGGUGGCAAGUUAUGCUCACGCAUGCCGGUCUUAUUCCCCUCACGCUGCACGAAAUUCCUUGUGUCCAUGGAGGAAUUGGAGGAUAUCACUUUCUGCAAGGAGGUGGGCAUAAAUAUCAUCGUCUCGUAUAUUGGCGGCACAGCAGAGUAUUUCGAAAAUCUACAAUAUGCACUAAAGACGUUGGGUUGUGAUAAAAUGCGUAUAUAUGCGCGCAUUGUGCUGAAUGAGGUGAAAGGUUGCGACAACGACAUGGAUUGGAUGGCCGAAAACUACGAUGGCUUCAUCAUUGAGCUGAGUCCGUCUGACAUGCAUCCAGAAAAAGAUAUACUGCAUCUCUGUCCGGCCGGUGAGGCGUUCAUCAAACACGCCUAUCAGCUGCAGAAAGUCAUCGUCUUGGCGCCCACUUUGAUCGCCAACAAACGACUGAUCGUCGAUCCAGCGCACUACCAACAUAUAUUCCACUAUCCCGAUAAAUACAUUUUACCUUGUGAUCAGUCCAACAGCGCUUUCUACUUCUUCUACCUACAAGAUUCAAUUUCGGAAUUGCUGAUCGAAGAGGCGCUCAGUAAGCAGCCAUAUUGCGAUCGUUCGCUUACCGGCAGCGACACGCUGGCGCGUUCGGUCGCCUGCGCCUCGUAUGAGAUGCACGCACCCGUGAUAUUUGUGUGCUCGUUAACCGGUCGCAUGGCAGCGAAGAUCUCACAUUUCCGUCCCAGGGCACUGAUCAUUUUCAUAACACGCAUGAAAUCCGCCGAGACUUUCAUUUCGAUGCACCACAACGUUAGAUUUCUUUACUAUAACGGCAUAACGGAAGAAAACUACUACUGUUCGUUGUACAAGCAUCUGCUCUUCGGUUUGCUGUAUGCCGAGUCGCAGCACUUGAUCAAACACAACGACAAUGUGAUGUUCGUGUAUCGCGAGACCGCCAGCAUACGUUUGCCGAACAAGUACGUGACAUAUAAGUUCCAUGCGCGUCAUUUCCCACAGCAUUUGGAUAAGAUUCUGUUCAGCAAGUUCCCGGACGGCUUCUUCAAAAAUCUAUCCACGCAAGACGUUAAAGAUACCAAAGAAGUUGAUUCUGUAUCGAGCACGAGCUCGGAUAUCUUAAUUAAAAGGGUUUAAUUGUUGAGUGGUAUGUUCGGAAAUUUGCUGCAAAUUAUAAGGGUCUAUUAGAUCUACGAAGCCAUAAGAAAAUAUGCAA